GCCAAGGUGCCGCGGCAGAGCCGUCACUUGAUGGACAGCCAGCGCCGCUAGAUAGUGAGGCCUUGUGCUUCGGAGUAUAAUGGCAAGCUUUCAGCAGCCGCCACGGCCUCUUGUCAAUCCUCUUAUACUCUGCCGCUCUGCAAGUGGAUUAGUGAGUAACUCCCAGGUUUGGGCCGCCGCUGGCCGGAGCUCAACACAACCAAGACAGGUCUGCUGAAGUGGGCGCGAGGGUCACUCUUUCUUCCCAUGUGUCUCUCGGAGCCAGUGCGUCCCGGUGCCGCGGUCAGGUGGCGUCGACAGAGUGCGAGGAGCCAGCAGAGGGGCGGCAGUUGCUCUCCAGGGUGCUGAAGUCGUCUCCGCACACGGCUGUCAGUGCCAGCCCCAACACGAUGCUCCUUCUCUGCUUCCACAGCGACCGACACCUGGAACCACUCUGCUUUCACCAUCAGCAGCAGCGGGAUGACUAGCUCCGCGGCUUUUCUUCAGGGGCCGAGGCACAAGGCGAGCAGGGCUUGAUCUGAUGGCAAGUAAGUUACUGACUGUCGUCUCAAUCUCAACCUUGAGUUAGUGAAAGCAAGCAGAGACAACAAAGCUGUCGUCACUGGACAAACCGGAGGGAAGAUGCAACAUAUUCCUGUCAACUUUAAAGGGGCGCUGUGGGAGUCCAGCCCCCUGUGUGUGCCCGUCAUCCGGAGCAGAGCGGCUCCGACCCCUGUGCCUGUGAACCACUAUCUUCUGUGGCUCUUGCUGGGCCUCCUCUCAUUUCCUUGCUGCGUGCGCUGUUUGAUAUUUAAAGUGGGCGUUCUGGGCCCCUGGAACUGCGACCCGGUCUACCACAGGGCUUUACCUGUCGCAGCAGCGAGGCUCGCCGUGAGCCGGAUCAACCGGGACCUCAGCCUGGACCUGGGUCUGCAAAUGGACUUUGUAAUCCUGCAGGAGCCUUGUGAGACGUCGAAAGCUCUCACCUCCUUCAUUCACUACGAGGACGUGGCCGACGUCUUUUUGGGCCCCACCAACCCUGGAUACUGCACCGCCGCGUCACUACUGGCCAAGAAUUGGGAAAAGGCCAUUUUCUCCUACGGUUGCGUCAACUUCGAGCUGGACCGGAUCACAGGAUACCCCACCUUCUCCAGGACCAUCCCCUUCCCCUCUGAGGUGCUGUUCGUCGUGCUGAGACGCUUCAGCUGGGCCAAUGUGGCGGUGGUUUCUUCAAAUGAGGACCUCUGGAUGGACACGGCCAUGAGAGUGGGGGCCGCUCUCAGGAAACGGGGUCUGCCCGUGGCCCUGGUCAGACCAAUUGGGAUCAAUGAAGUGGAGGUGGAGAACACGCUGAUGGCCAUCGAGGCGGCGGGAGAGGUCAGAGUGAUCAUCAUGUGCAUGCACUCGGUCCUGGUGGGAGGAGAGCAGCAGGCCUUGUUUCUCCUCAAGGCCCAGGAAAUGGGUCUGACCUCUGGGAAGUAUGUGUUCAUGCCCUAUGACACUCUGCACUACAGCGUCCCCUACACUCGUCCUCACUUCUUGCUGCAGAACAACAGCAGGCUGAGAGAAGCGUAUGACGCUGUGCUCACCGUCACUAUUGGCUCUGGAAACUUGACCUUCUCUGAGGAGUACUCCUUAGUCAAGAAGACGGAGGAGGUGAAGGUCGCCCUCUCGGCUGCGCAGGUGAACCCUCUGUUUGGGACCAUCUACAACAGCAUCUAUCUUCUGGCUCGGGCCAUCCACAACGUCAGAAGGGCAGGGAUGAUGCUCUCAGGCUCCAACUUGGCCUACUUCACCAAAGACAUAUCUUUCCAAGGCUUCAAUCAGAAGGUUCUGGUGAAUGCUGGAGGAGAGGUUACGACAGAUUAUAUCGUCCUGGACACGGACCAUCUGGGGAGCGAGCUAUACCCGACCCACAGCGUGGAUCUCUCCUCUGGUCUGGUCCGUGACACCGGGAGGGACAUACAUUAUCCAAAUGGCUCUCCUCCGGCAGCCGACUCCAGCUGCUGGUUCGACACCGGCGCCAUCUGCACAGGAGGCGUGGAGGUCACCUUCAUUAUAGCGGUGAUCUCGGUCAUCUUGGCCGUGGGUGUAGGCGGCAUCGCUGUGGGUCUUUGCGUCAGGAGGAGACUCCAGCAAAUCCAGCUGAUCAAAGGUCCCAAUCGGAUUCUACUCACCAUAGAGGAUUUGACCUUUAUCAACCCACAGCUGAGCAAGAAGAAAAUCACAUUAGAGGAUCUGAGUGAGUCUAAGAGCACCAUGGAGGAGAAGUCUGGAGAGCGGUCGCGCUCAGGGAACAGCACCAUCAGCACCUCCCACGAGACCACCAACGUUGCCGUCUAUGAGGGGGAUUGGGUUUGGCUGAAGAAGUUUGAGGUCGGCCAGUUCAAGGAGCUGAAGCAGAGCACCACAAAGUAUCUCACCAAGAUGAAGGACCUGAGAAACGAAAACGUGAACCCCUUCAUCGGCUUCUUUUCUGACGGCGGCAUGUUCGCUGUGGUGACGGAGCAUUGCUCGCGGGGCAGUCUGCAGGACCUUCUCAGGAAUGAGGACGUCAAACUGGACUGGAUGUUCAAGUCUUCGCUUCUGCUGGACCUCAUCAAGGGAAUGAAAUAUCUUCACCACAGAGACUUUGCGCACGGUCGACUGAAAUCCCGAAACUGUGUGGUUGAUGGGCGGUUUGUGCUCAAGAUAACAGACUACGGCUUUAAUGAGCUGUUGGAGUCUCAAAAAGCUCCAGCGGAACUGGCUCCACCAGAAGAGCUGUUCUGGACAGCGCCAGAGUUCCUGAGGGAGCUCACCUGCGCCCGCAAGGGCACCUACAAGGGGGACGUGUACAGCUUCGCCAUCAUCCUCCAGGAGGUGGUGGUGAGAGGGCCCCCAUACUGCAUGCUGGGUCUCCCACCCGAGGAGAUUAUCAGGAAGGUGAAGAAGCCUCCGCCCAUGUGCCGGCCCACUGUGGCCCCUGAUCAGGCCCCACUAGAAUGCAUCCAACUGAUGAAGCAGUGCUGGAGCGAGAUGCCCGACCGCAGGCCUUCCUUCGAUGAGAUCUUUGACAGGUUCAAGAUCAUCAACAAGGGCAAGAAAACCAACAUCAUCGACUCCAUGUUGAGGAUGCUGGAACAGUACAGCUCCAACCUGGAAGACCUCAUCAGGGAGAGAACAGAGGAGCUGGAGGUGGAGAAGCAGAGGACUGAGAAGCUGCUGUCGGAGAUGCUACCACCCUCUGUGGCUGAUGCUCUGAAAACUGGCGCCACAGUGGAGCCGGAGUACUUCGACCAGGUCACGAUCUACUUCAGUGACAUUGUAGGAUUCACGACCAUCUCCUCACUCAGUGACCCCAUAGAGGUGGUUGACCUUCUCAAUGACCUCUACACUUUAUUCGACGCCGUGCUUAGCAACCAUGAUGUGUACAAGGUGGAAACCAUUGGAGAUGCCUACAUGGUUGCGUCAGGCCUGCCAAAGAGAAACGGCAACAAACACGCCGCUGAAAUCGCCAACAUGUCUCUGAACAUCCUCAGCUCUGUGGGAACGUUUCACAUGCGACACAUGCCAGAUGUUCCUGUGAGGAUACGGAUAGGAAUCCACUCAGGGCCCUGUGUAGCUGGAGUGGUGGGUCUCACGAUGCCUCGCUACUGCCUGUUCGGAGACACGGUCAACACUGCCUCACGCAUGGAAUCCACUGGUCUGCCUUAUAGAAUCCACGUGAACAUGAGCACCGUGAAAAUUCUUCGCUCCCUAAAUGAAGGCUAUAAAAUAGAUGUUCGGGGCAAAACGGAGCUCAAGGGGAAAGGCAUCGAGGAGACCUUCUGGCUGGUGGGGAAAUCUGAUUUUACAAAGCCUUUGCCAAAGCCACCAGAGAUUAAAGCAGGGGAAGACAAUCACGGGCUGAACCCCGCCGACAUAGCGGCCUACAAGAGAAAGAAAGCCCAGAAAAAGGCUUGACCUUCUGGGCCCAGACAAGGGACAACUGGCAGGACAUGGUGACGGAUGAGAUCAAGGCGCUUUUCCGCAAGGCCAACAGGCCAGUGGCCAAGCAGAGAAUGUGACCCAGCGGAAGACAUGAAGUGAUGCCUGAGAGUGAGACUGAGACCCAGAAGCAUCAUCAUCAUCAUCAGAAGGAGGAGGAGGAGGAGGACACAGGCAGAAGGUGAUGGGACAGACAAAGGACAGUCCUCUGUCGUGGCUUAAGACAGGAGAGGUGUUUAAUAGGAUUGUCCACGCGCUGACUAAUCUGCCAGCAGCCCACGCAGCAGAACACGAUGGUGCUAAUGAAAUGAGAGCCGUCUGCACACGCUGUGUGCUGACGGGACCAAGGGCCCGCUGGUCCUCACUGGCCACUGCGUGGUCACCAAUUCCACAGGAAUGAUGACGAUGAAUGGGGCAGUUCCACGAGUGAAUAAUGGCUGUUUUGAAAUGGAGAGAAGUCCUUUUCUUUUCCGUUCCUUUUUGCUGCUCUCUUUGUCUGUUGGAAACUGUUUCACGCUCAAAUAUAUGGACGGAGCUCACCUACUGAUUCAUUCCAAUGACACGAAUAAGCCUGAUACUUUCUGUUAGAACUGAAAUUGAUUGAAAUUAAUUACAGAUAGCUUGCACCGGGAUAGUACUGAAUCUGAAAUAAAGAAAAGCUCCAUUCGACUACAAAAGGAGUCGCCUACUCCCCAAAUGAAUUCAAUGAAGUAAUCCAUUUUAAUAUAUUAUAUAACUUAUAUUGGUUGAACUCAUGUUGUGAAGUAACAUGAAGUCACAUGAGAUCGACUGGCGCUUCACUGCUCCGUGAAGGGCUCCAUCUAGUGUUGGAGCACCAUUUGUUGACCUUCACUAGCUUUCUGAAGGGUUCAAUGCAUCACCGCUACAUGAGUCCCACCAUUGUCCUUCCUCAUCUUUCCGAUUCUGUCUUUUUAUUUGUAUUUCAACCUGGAAUUUCUGCCCUGGAAGUGUCGCUGUGAUUGUUUAUUUUUGUGAGAGAAUUGUGAUGAAUGUGUGUGACCAACACUGGAAUAGAAAUGUCUCUUGAGUUGUGUCAGGAUGUUGAAGGAACUGCCUCUCAUCAUGGCAACGGCGUGCUUGACUUGUGAAUGUGAGAAAACUCACAACGACAAUCGCGUUUGUUACAUCUCAGCCGGUGUGUUUCUCCUGUGAAAAAUAAAACUACUG